GUCUGUGGGUAGUAGGGCUGGGGGCUCCAAGACCAUUGGGUGUGUAGGGGUUGGAGGAGGGUGUAGGGGUGUCAGGUCAGGUUAUUGAUCCCAGCAUCCCUGGUUCUGCCCACAGUGACUGCAGCUCCCCAGGAGCCCCCUGCCCGGCCUCCCCAGACGGGCCGUGGAAUUGGCCGGGCCUCUGGGCGCGCCAUGCGCAGCACCACACUACUGGCACUGUUGGCUGUGGUCCUGCUCUACUUGGUGUCCGGUGCCCUGGUGUUCCAGGCCCUGGAACAGCCCCAUGAGCAGCAGGCCCAAAGGGAGCUGGGGGAGGUCCGAGAGAAGUUCCUGAGGGCCCAUCCAUGUGUGAGCGACCAGGACCUGGGGCUCUUCAUCAAGGAGGUGGCUGAUGCCCUGGGAGGGGGUGCAAACCCUGACACCAACUCAACCAGGAACAGCAACCACUCAGCCUGGGACCUGGGCAGCGCCUUCUUUUUCUCAGGCACCAUCAUCACCACCAUCGGCUAUGGCAACGCGGCCCUGCGCACAGAUGCUGGCCGCCUCUUCUGCAUCUUUUAUGCACUGGUGGGGAUCCCGCUGUUCGGGAUACUGCUGGCAGGGGUCGGGGACCGGCUGGGCUCCUCCCUACGCCGCGGCAUUGGUCACAUCGAAGCCAUCUUCCUGAAGUGGCAGGUGCCACCAGAACUGGUGCGAAUUCUAUCGGCGGUGCUCUUUCUGCUGAUCGGCUGCCUGCUCUUCGUUCUCACGCCCACGUUCGUUUUCUGCUAUGUGGAGGGCUGGAGCAAGCUGGAGGCCAUCUACUUCGUCGUGGUGACGCUCACCACGGUGGGCUUCGGGGACUAUGUGGCCGGAGCCAGCCCCAACCAGAACUCUGCAGCCUACCAGCCGCUGGUGUGGUUCUGGAUCCUACUCGGCCUGGCCUACUUCGCUUCGGUGCUCACCACCAUCGGGAACUGGCUGCGAGUAGUGUCCCGCCGCACUCGGGCAGAGAUGGGCGGCCUCACGGCGCAGGCUGCCAGCUGGACCGGCACGGUGACCGCGCGGGUGACCCAGCGAGUCGGGCCCACGGCACCACCGCCGCCGGAGAAGGAGCGGCCACCCCUGCUUCCGCCGCCGUGCCCAGCGCAGCCCGCCAGCAGACCCCUAUCCCCUGCGGCCCCGGAGAAGACCGAGCCACCCUCUCCGCCCACGCCGCCCACCCCGCCCACGGCCUCCGCGCUGGACUACCCCAGCGAGAAUCUGGCCUUCAUCGACGAGUCCUCGGACACGCAGAGCGAGCGCGGCUGCGCACUGCCCCGCGCUCCACGGGGCAGCCGCCGCCCCCUCAACACCCCCAGGAAGCCCGCGCGGCCCCGCGGCCCGGGGCGCCCCCGGGACAAAGGCGUGCCCGCGUAGGGGCAAGACCCCUGCCCGGGCCUCUCCAAGGGCUCCGUUCUUGCUCUCUCCCCGGCAUGCUCUGCUUGUUUAACCAAAGAGCCCUCUCUCGACCGACCCGGCUGAAACCUGGGGAGGAGGCUACGGCUUGCUUGUCUGCCACUCUCUGCUCCUGGCCCCCUCCUCACUUCAUCCAUUUCCAGAACCCCAAGGCUUUCUGUCUCGUUGUCCGUCUGGGCCUGUCCCUCACAACAUCUCACGACUGUGCCUCAAAGCCUGCAUCAAUAAACGAAAACAGUCUGCAUCGCUGCGGGCGUGGAGCUCCGGG